AUGGCUAGAGACUUCCCUCCUUUUCCAGACGACAUACCUACCCACCCACUGCUUAUCGUCGACUACGAAAAGGUCAAGAAUAGGGACCAGGACGAAAUCGAGAAGCUCUGGGAAGCAGCAACGAAGCUCGGGUUCUGGUAUUUGAGGAACCAUGGAUGCUCAGAAGAGGCCGAUAGAAUGUUUGAUCUGGGUGCGGAUGUAAUGGCUUUGCCCCUAUCCGAGAAGAUGAAGUACGAACAAGGAAACGACGGCGCUUCCGCAGGGUACAAGGCAGCAGGAGCGAACGCUGUAGAUGCUACAGGAGAGCCGGACCUCGUCGAAUUUCUGAACGUCUCCAAAGACGACGUUUUGGCAUGGCCCCGUCCGGGCAAACGCAGCUAUCCCAAGCCUGCCACGGAUCGCAUGGACUCAACUAUUAUCCCGUUCUUCCGGAAGUGCAUGGAGGUCAACGCGGUUCUUCUUGGGGUUUUCGAGGAGAAACUCGGGCUUCCCUCAGGAACAUUGGCGAGACGUCAUCUCGAUGACGAGCCAAGUGGUAGCGAGGCAAGAAUAACAUGUACUCCUCCGAUGAAGGAUACAGAGCGUGUUGCUAUCGGUGGCCACACUGACUUUGGAAGCUUGACCGUAUUGUUCAACCGGCUAGGAGGACUCCAAGUACUCCCUCCCGGGUCUGAUCAUUGGCAGUAUGUCAAGCCGCUCGCUGGACAUGCCAUUUGCAACGUCGGAGACGCUCUCACGAUCUUCAGCGGUGGUAUCCUUCGAUCCAACCUUCAUCGCGUACUGCCUCCGCCAGGCUCUCAGGCUAACAGCCAGCGUUGGUCUCUGGCCUACUUCACGCGGCCAGGAAAUUCUGUCCUUCUCCAACCUUUGAUGGACGAAAGUUCCAUGAUCUCUAAUGCUGUUAACACAGUCGGAGAAACACAUGGCCUGGUUACAGGGGGACAGACGGCCGGUGAAUGGUUCGCUCGUCGUAUCAAGAACCAGAGGCUUGAUAACAGGAAGGCAAGUCGUUAUUCCCCUUCAUACCGAUGGGAUCUGAUUGCUUGGGCAGGGCCCUGA